AUGUUGUUGUUCAUGACAUACCUUUCAAUAUUCUUGCUAUUAUGCCCUGUGACACUUGCCAAAAACCAUACCGAUCACCUUGCCCUUCUGGCCAUCAAAUCAACCAUCACUCUUGACCCACAAAAUGUUCUCGAGACAUGGAACGCCUCCAUCCAUUACUGCCAAUGGCAAGGUGUUACAUGUGGUCGUCGGCAUCUUCGAGUCACCAAAUUAGACCUUGAGUCUAGAGGCAUAGUUGGUUCCUUGUCUCCGCACAUUGGAAACUUGAGUUUUCUCAGAGUAAUUAGUAUUGAGAAUAACACCUUUAAUGGUGUAAUCCCGCCUCAGUUAGGUAACUUAUUUAGAUUACAUAAGCUAUAUCUCAUGAACAAUUCUUUUGAAGGUCAAGUUCUAGCCAGUUUAUCAAACUGCACCAGACUUAAGGAUCUUUGGCUGUCUUACAAUAAACUAGGUGGAAAGUUCCCACACCAGCUUAGUUCUCUGGUGAACCUUAUGAACAUAACCUUUCAUAAUAAUAAUUUCACAGGAGGGGUUCCAUCUUUCUUGGUAAAUCUCACUUCUCUUAUUUCCAUAUCAGCUGCGAACAAUCAUCUAGAUGGAAGCAUUCCACAUGCUCUAGGUCAAUUGCACAACUUGCAAAAAAUUGAAUUUGGAAUUAACCAACUCCACGGUAUGAUCCCUCCAUCCUUAUACAAUUUAACAUCGUUAACAACUAUAAGUUUCAAACACAAUCAAAUCAGCGGAGAUUUACCAAAAGAUAUAGGGUUGCAACUACCUAAAAUUGAGAUUUUCGAGAUAAUAGGAAAUAAAUUUACAGGAACCAUUCCAUUCUCAUUUUCCAACUGUUCAAACUUGGUAAAGCUUAGCUUGUCAGAAAACGGGUCCACUGGGAAAAUUAACAUAAAUUUCAGUCAGAUGUCAAAUCUUAAGCUUCUUGAGCUAUCUGAUAACAAUUUAGGAAGUUCGCAACCAGAUGAGAUGCACUUCAUUGAUUCCAUGAUCAAUUGUAGCAAUCUUGAAAUGCUGCUUGUUCAUGGAAACAAUUUAAGAGGAGUUCUUCCUAGUUCUAUAGGCAAUCUCUCAUCUCAAAUUACACAUCUAGCUUUUAGUAGAAACUCCAUAUAUGGGCCCUUGCCUUCUUUGAUCGGGAAUCUUGAGAACUUAGAGUGGUUAAAUAUUGAAUCUAAUCUGCUCACAGGCAUGAUUCCUAGUGAACUUGGUAAUCUGCGAAACUUAAUAUAUUUAUACCUAGCUCGAAACAGCUUCACUGGCAACUUUCCAGAUUUUAUAGGAAACCUGUCUUUGUUAGAUCAAUUGUGGUUACAGAUUAGAAGGACAAAUACCACCAAAUCUUGGUAA